CCUGCCGACGGCCCGCCCCUCGCCUCUCGCCGUUGGGUCCGGGCGCCAGCUACACACCCCUUUUGUAGCUCUGGCUUGCCGAGGCUGCAAUGUCCGCCUCAAAGUGCUGGAUCUGAAACCCGGUUGAAUGCUGCCAUGACUGCCAAAGAUUAUCCGUCAUUGUGGGGCUUUGGAACAACGAAAACAUUUAAAAUUCCCAUUGAACAUUUGGAUUUCAAAUAUAUUGAAAAAUGUUCAGAUGUUAAAUACCUGGAAAAAAUUCUUUGUGUGCUCAGGUCUGGUGAGGAAGGAUAUUAUCCUGAACUUACAGAAUUUUGUGAAAAGCGCCUUAAAGGCUUGGCUCCUAAAAGCAGAGCUUUGAGGAAAGAUAAGCCUGCAGCAACAGCAUCCAGUUUUACAGAAGAAGAAUGGGAAAAAAUUGAUGGUGAUAUAAAGAGUUGGGUGUCAGAAAUUAAAAGAGAAGAAAGUAGAAUGCACUUUCAUGAAACUGAAACAUUUCCAGGAAUGAAAGAUCAUUUGCCUCCAGUUCGUGGUUCCAACAGCUGUCUUCAGGUUGGCCAGGAAAAACAUUCUAAAAAUAGACCAGCUAAAAAGAAAAUUCCAAGAGAUUAUGCAGAAUGGGAUAAAUUUGAUGUGGAAAAAGAAUGCUCAAAAAUCGAUGAAGAUUACAAAGAAAAGACUGUAAUUAACAACAAGUCACAUUUGUCUAAAAUUGAAAGAAAAGUAGACACAGCAGGUCUAACUGAGAAGGACAGGGGUUUACUUGCUAUUCGUGAAAAAGAAAAAGGAAAUGAAGCUUUCAACUCGGGCGAUUAUGAGGAGGCUGUGAUGUAUUAUACUAGGAGUAUCUCAGCGCUUCCCACUGUAGCUGCCUAUAACAAUCGAGCUCAAGCAGAAAUCAAAUUGCAGAACUGGAAUAGUGCUUUUCAGGAUUGUGAAAAGGUCUUGCAGUUAGAACCUGGAAACAUAAAGGCUCUUCUCCGCCGUGCCACUACAUAUAAACAUCAAAACAAGCUCCAGGAAGCUAUAGAAGAUUUGAGAAAAGUACUGAAUGUUGAGCCUGAUAAUGAUUUGGCUAAAAAAACCUUAUCAGAAGUCGAAAGAGAUGUGAAAAAUUCUGAACCUGCAUCUAAGACCCAAACUAAAGGGAAAAGGAUGGUUAUUGAGGAAGUAGAAAACUCAGAAGAUGAAGAUGAAAAGGGAAGUGGAAGAAAACCUGAAGAUGGCAGUGGAGAUAAGAGUAAAAUGUCUUCUCUAUUUUGGUUAUGCAGAAAACUACCUGCUUAUAUAAUGAAUGGACUUCAGCGGGUACGGCCUGAUGGUGGACACGGUUUUCAAACGGCUGAUUUUCGGCCACAAGCCCUUGACGUUAAAGGGUUAACUAAGGGUCUGCCAUCCUUCGCGCGAGCCCGGGGCGGGGACUGGGACGUGCCGGGAGGUCGGGGAACCGCGGCUCCGCCCGUGGGGGCGGCGCCCUGCUCGGCCUCCCCGCGAGCCCGCCCUCCGCACCGGGCACCUCGCGGCCUCCGGACCGACGCGUCCCCGGCAGGGGCCCGGCUCGGCCCGGACGGCCUGAAGAGUCAGGGCAACGAGCUGUUCAAAAAUGGACAGUUCGCGGAGGCCGCCCGCCGGUACUCUGCGGCGAUAGCGCAACUGGAGCCUGCAGGAAGUGAAAGCGCAGAUGAUCUAAGUAUCUUAUAUUCAAACAGAGCAGCAUGUUACCUAAAAGAAGGAAACUGCAGUGGCUGCAUUCAGGAUUGUAACAGGGCUCUGGAACUUCAUCCAUUCUCAAUGAAACCUCUUCUGCGACGAGCAAUGGCCUAUGAAACUUUAGAGCAGUACGGGAAAGCUUAUGUCGAUUAUAAAACAGUGUUGCAAAUAGACUGUGGAAUCCAGCUAGCGAAUGACAGUAUUAACAGAAUAACAAGAAUUUUAAUGGAGCUGGAUGGUCCAAAUUGGCGGGAAAAGCUGUCACCUAUUCCUGCUGUGCCCACUUCUGAGCCCCUUCGAGCUUGGCAUCCUGCCACACCCAUGACCCCAGACCAAGGGGGAGAUCCCAGCGGCCAUCACUCACCGAGCAUCACAGAAGCUGUAGAAGAAAAAAUGUUUGAAGUGCUUAAGGAAGAAGGAAAUGAAUAUGUAAAGGAUAAAAACUAUAAAGAUGCUCUUAGUAAAUACAGUGAAUGCUUGAAGAUUAAUAACAAGGAGUGUGCCAUAUAUACAAACAGAGCUCUCUGUUACCUGAAGUUAUGCCAGUUUGAAGAAGCAAAGCAGGACUGUGAUCAGGCACUUCAGAUAGAUGGUGACAAUGUGAAAGCAUAUUUUAGACGGGCACUGGCUCAUAAAGGACUCAAGAAUUAUCAGAAAAGCUUAUCUGAUCUCAAUCAAGUUCUCCUAUUAGACCCAAAUAUCGUUGAAGCAAAGAUGGAAUUGGAAGAGGUAACCAGACUCCUCAAUAUUAAGGAUAACACAGCAUCAUUCAACAAAGGAAAAGAGAGAAGGAAAAUUGAAAUUCAAGAGGUGAAUGAAGGCAAUGAGGAGCCUGAAAGAACCUCAGGGGACAUCUCAACUGAAUACCUGGCUCCUGAAAAGGGAGGUGGAAGCAGUGGGACACUAGAACACUCCGAGAGACUUGAGAUUUCCAAACCUACUAAUGCCUAUGAAUUUGGCCAGGUUAUAAAUGCUAUCAAUACAAGGAAAGAUGAAGAAGCCUGUGCACACCUUUUAGCCAUUACUGCACCAAAAGAUUUGCCAGUGUUGCUGAGUAACAAACUUGAAGGGGAUACAUUCCUUCUUCUAGUUCAGUCUCUGAAAAAUCAUCUUAUUGAUAAGGAUCCCUCCUUGGUGUAUCAACAUCUUUUGUAUCUGAGUAAAGCAGAAAGGUUUAAGAUGAUGUUGACAUUGAUUAGCAAGGGCCAAAAGGAGCAAAUUCAACAGCUGUUUGAUGAUCUUUCAGCCACACCAAACCACCAUUUUACUUUAGAAGAUGUACAAGCCUUAAAAAGUCAGUAUGAGCUUUAACUCAAGGCUACUGUUAGAUUUCUUCCAUGCAUGUGUGCUCCCGUAACACCGACGAAUGGUAUUGUAAUAGAGUUGCAUGGAUAAAACCUGGCUUAGAAAAGAUCCCUUGGUCUGGACUGUAAAACAUUUUACUUAUUUUUAUACACAGAACAUGUAUAUUCUACAAUCUGCUUUUUUUAAGUUGUAAAUAUUUUCUUAUGUACCAGAGCCAACAUCUUUAUAUUUAAAAAGUAUGUUUAGAACAUGUUAAAAGUACAUUUUAAUUUAUAGUACGCAUUUUCUUUUAAUAACUCACCUGUUAAAAACUUGAGUUAAAACUGCAUUUCUCUGAGCUAUGAGGAAGUUCUAUUAAGUUUGAUAGAAAUGAAUUUUUUUAAAGUGAUAGUUAUGAUUAUUCACUUUAUAUCAUAAGAUACAUAUAAAUCCCAUUUUAUACUACUAGUGAAUUAAAUCAAUUAAAAUGAAAUGCAACACUGAAAUCUAUGAGGUGAUUAUUAAAUAAAUUGUAUUUAUUUAUCAAUGAGAGUGAGAGCCAUAAGAGAAACUUAUUUUUUCUAAUAAGGAAGUAUUACCUAACAAUUAGAACAAAAAUUGCCAAAAGUUUCUACCACUUUUUACUAGAUUUUAAAAAGUGACUCUUAUAUAUUGCUUAUGUAAGCAAAACAUCCAUUAUAUAAACGCAAAUUAAGCCUGCAUUUAUAUUUGAAUUUUUUCCCAUGUUUUUCUCAAAUAUUUACAUGUUCCCUUCCCCUUUUUUGUUUUCUGCUUUUGUGACUAUAUUUAUCCCUGUACUAUAAAAGGAAAGUGAAGAACUCAUCAUAUUGAAAACUCUUUGUUAAUUGGGCCAAAGUAAAGGUGUUUCUUAACAAUAAAACAUUCAGGUCUCAGUA